AUGUCUCAACCGCCGAGGAAGAAAUUGCGGCAAGGAACUAAGAGCUGCCUCGAGUGUCGACGACGGAAAGUGAAAUGCACGUACGAUGGGCAUCUGGGAAAGCCACCGUGUGACGCAUGCGUUGCUCGACAAACGACAUGCGAAUCUCAGGCACAGGCAUUAGAUCUCGGCCAGAUCCGUGAGCCUACUCGAGAUCGUGUCGAUCGUUUGGAGGCCACUGUCAGGAGCCUAUCUGAGACGGUGGCUGAGUUGCAAAGCUCGAGGCUGCAGAGCUCGAACCGGACCACUACACCUAUCCCACUUUGUCGAACUGAGGAGUGUGGUGGUAGUGGGUAUGGGUACUUCGACAGCGUCCAGGGCGACGAGGCGGGUUGUGUGGGCUGUACCGAGCGAGUGGAAUCGUCACAUCAACAGGCGCAAACGAUUCGGGAGAGAAUCCUAUCGAACAUCCCGCAGGACUUUGGAGAAAGCUCCCACGAUCGGAUAAAGGCACAGCUCACGUCGGCCGUUCCAUCACGAAGCGAUGUGCUUGUUGUAACGGCUUCUUCGAUCGACUGGUGGCAGAUCCACAAGGCUUUAAUGCCGGAUCCUCCUAUCAAUAGCCGAAUUGAGUUAAUUGAGCGGCACGAAGGACUAUCCCACCCAUCGACACAUCCUGCUGCCAUCGCGACAUGGCUGCUAUGUCUGGCGAUAUCGUUUUUGCAAUUACCAACAUCAUUCGACUACUCAGCACUAGAGUCUAUCCCAGAGCCUACUCAAUUUUUACCUCGUACCGUCAAACAAGUCGAGGAGAUGCUAGCGCACGACGAGCUUGCGGGCAGUCUGGAAGGCAUCGAGUGUGCAACCAUGUUCGCUCAGAUUCAGAAGUUCAUCGGUCGUCCCAAGAAAGGCUGGCUCGUGGUCAGGCGGGCGAUAGCCUUCGCCGAACUUCUCAAGUUGUCCUCGUCAAGAAGCACUCUUCUGCAACUACAACAGGAAAAACCUCCCGCAGACGACUCACAACUCGCCCUCCUCGCCCGCCGCGCCAACAUCUACCUUUCCGUCUGCGCCAUCGACCGCCUCCUGUGUCUCCUCCUCGGCACACCCUGCGGCACCCCCGACCUACCCACCUCCUCCAUCAUCACCCCAAACGACCCCAACGCCUCCACAAAACGCAUCAUCUGGGUCGCCUCCUCCAUCCACAACCAAAUCGUCCACCGCGACUCCCACCUCCUCCCCUACGACUCCCCGCCCGCCCUCUCGGAAACCCACUCCAUCCUCUCCAAAUGCCACGCCCUCGCCCGCACUUUCCCGCCAGAAUGCAAAACCGUCGACCGCUGGGCCACCUACGACGCGCGAACAGCCUCCAGCGUCAUGCUACAAAGCACACAAUCCUACCUCAUUCUGCGCGCAACGGUCCCUUACCUCCUCCAAAACCCCUCCACCACCUCACCCUCCUCCUCCUCCCACGUGCCCACCGCGCAAGAAUGCCUCACCUCCUGCCGCGAGAUCCUCCGCCGCUACUUCGCCGUCCGCACGAAGCUCCUGAACGGCUCCUUCCUCUCCCGCUCCUUCGAGGUCCACGCCUUCACCGCGUGCGUCAUCUUACUCCUCCACGGCGACCGCAAAUCCACGAGCGACGACGCGGCGUUGGUCGAGAAUGCCAAGACGGCGAUGUUGCAUGCUCCUUUGCGGAGGAAGGGGUAUUCUUCCGACCGGGAUUUAAGCGGAAGGAUGGUGGAGUGUUUGGGGGAGUUGCAGAGGUUUGUGGAGGAAGGUGGGGAGGAAGGGGAAGGGGAAGGGAUGAGGUUGAGGGUUCCCAUGUUGGGGGGUUUGAGGGUUUGGAGGGAUGGGGAGGGGGAGGGGGAGGGGGUGGUGAGGGUUGACGGGUUGGGGGUGGAUGUGGAUGUGGAUGGUGGGGUGGUGGAGUGGGACUUUGAUGGGUUGGGGGAGUAUUGGGGUGCGGGUUGGGAGGGGGUUUGA